UGGCCGAGCCGGUCGGGGCGAACCGGGCUUCCGCUGAACCGGCCGGUUCGGAUUCUGCGGGGAUGAAUGAAGUAAUAACACGACCCUCCGAGGACCAAGAAAGGAGGAAGCACUACAGAGGGGUGCGGCGACGGCCGUGGGGCAAAUGGGCGGCGGAAAUUCGCGACCCGAAUAAGGCGGCGCGGGUGUGGCUCGGCACGUUCGACACCGCGGAGCGCGCCGCCAUGGCCUACGACGAGGCCGCCCUCCGGUUCAAGGGCAGCAAGGCCAAGGUCAACUUCCCGGAGAGAGCAGUCCUCAAACACCACAACACCGUCGACAUCAACAUCGACCGCAGACCCGAACUGCCGCCUCCGCUACCGCCACCAACGAUGAUAAAUCCUAACACGACGACGACAACGACAACGACAGCGACAGCGACAGCGACAGCGACAGCGGGGGCGUAUCCAAAUAUUAUUCAAUAUGUAAAUAUUCUGCACAGCAGCGAGGAAAUGCCUUCGUCGACGUACAUGGAUUUCUCUUUGGGGCACAUCAUGACAAGUAGUAAUGUGGGUUCUUAUAGCUCUUCUUCUUCUGGUAGUUCCUGGUCUCAUGGUGAGCCCAGGGAGAAAGAUACGUAGUUGAGGCCAGUGUAACACUCACUUUUAAGGUCUAGUUUAGUUUGAUAAUAUAUAUGUGGUGGCCAAAAGUACUUUAAUAUUAUAAAAAAUUUAAA